AUGACCGCUCCCACUCCCCCUGCGUCGCUCUCAACUCCUUCCCCGAUCCAGAUCUGGAUCGGGAAGGGGAGUGAACUGCGCCAUCGCCGGAAGCCACCCCGCCGGACGGCAACAUCGCCGGCCUGCCUCCUCCUCCUCGCCGGUCUGCCUCCUCCACGACGCGCCGUCUCUGUCCUCCUCCUCACGCACCGCUGCCCCGUCCCUACGAACCCCGGUGAGGACCCCGGUCCUCCUCCCUCCCUCGCCCCGCGACCAUCGCCGCGCCACCGCGCUCGCCUGCCGCGCUCCAGCCGUGCCCACCGUUGCUCCGCUCCGGCAACGACCACGCCUCACGCGCUCGGCCCCGCGCUCACCACGGCCGGGCCGCGCCCUGGCCACGUGCCGCGCCGUCCGGCCGUGCCCAUCGCCCUGCGGUCACCGCGCCACCGUCGCCCGCACCUCGCCUCCAUGGCCACCUGCACGCGCUUGCUCAUGCGCCGCCCCGCGCCACUCCCGCUCCGUCGCGGCCUCCCUCCGCCACGCGCUGCUCGACUCCCUGUGUUGCGCCUGCGGCCUCCUUCCCCGCGUCGCGCCUUGACUGCGCGCCCCGCCUUGUCAUUGCGGCGCCGCUCACUGUCGUCCCAGUUCGCGCCCCGCAUCGCCAACUCCUCGUCGGCCGCCCUCUGGCCUCGCCACCUCUCGCUGCGGCUUGCACGCGAGCUCCGCCGGUGCGCCUUGCCUCGCCCACCUGGGCCGCGGCCUUCCCAACAAUCGUCGCUGCUCCUGCCGCUGCACAUGCCGCCACCGCCGCUGCUUAACGCCGUCGCCGCCUCCUGUUGCUGCCGCCCAGCCUCUGCCUCCGCUCCCCCUGCCGCCCGCUACCUCCCCCAGUUGUGGCCGACGCUCUCCUCCGCCCCGGCCGGCGCCUGGGGCCAACCGGGGUUCGCCCGCUCCAGACGCCCGUCGCACCCGUUCGGGCGCCCCGCCCCGCUGCUCGCCCGAUCCGCUAGGCUCCGAUGGGCCUAUGACCAGGGGGGCCCACGCCCCAGAACGUUUUUGUAA